AUGAGCUUAACAAAAAAAGACUUCAUUUACGAAGGAAAAGCAAAACAAGUGUACGCUACAGAAGAAGCAGACAAAGUAAUUGUUUAUUACAAAGAUGAUGCAACUGCUUUUAAUGCACAAAAGCGUGGAACGGUUGAGGACAAAGGAGAAAUGAAUAACAAAAUUUCUACUUUAAUUUUUGAUUAUUUAAUCGAAAAAGGUAUUCCAACACAUUUCAUCGAGCAGUUAAAUGAUCGUGAACAAUUAGUGAAAAAAGUUUCAAUUAUUCCAAUUGAAAUGGUUGUUCGUAAUUAUGUAGCAGGAAGUAUGGCGCAACGUUUAGGAUUAGAGGAAGGAGCUGGAUUGAUUUUAGCUGAUUUCAAAAUAGAAUUUGGAAAAGAUGUUGAUGGUAAUAUAAUUUUAGCUGAUGAAAUUUCUCCAGAUACAUGUCGUUUAUGGGAUGUAGAAACAGGGAAAAAAUUAGAUAAAGAUCGUUUUCGUCGUGAUUUAGGUGAUGUUUCAGAAGCUUAUCACGAAGUAUAUAAUCGUUUAGUAGAAGUUUUAAAAUAA